GCUUGCUCCGGUGCGCGGCACGGUGGGGGCGGGUCACGCAGACCGCGCAGCUAGAAGCGGUGGUGGCUGUAGCCGCGGGGUUGCGGGCUGGGAACCCGCUCCGGGCUCCGGUUAAGUGAAGCGCCACGCAGUGCUGAGCUCGCCGCCCGCCCUGAAGCCAUGGAGAUCGGCACCGAGAUAAGCCGCAAGAUCCGGAGUGCCAUUAAGGGGAAAUUGCAAGAAUUAGGAGCUUAUGUUGAUGAAGAACUUCCUGAUUACAUUAUGGUGAUGGUGGCCAACAAGAAAAGUCAGGACCAAAUGACAGAGGACCUGUCCCUGUUUCUAGGGAACAACACAGUUCGAUUCACCGUAUGGCUUCAUGGGGUAUUAGAUAAACUUCGCUCUGUUACAACUGACCCCUCUAGUCUGAAGUCUUCUGAUACCAACAUAUUCGAUAGUAACGUGCCUUCAAACAAGAGCAGUUUCAGUAGAGGGGAUGAGAGAAGGCACGAAGCUGCAGUGCCACCCCUUGCAGUUUCUGGCACUAGACCUGAGAAAAGAGAUUCCAGAAUUUCUUCCAGUUCACAGGAGCAGAAAACCAAUAAUGUCAGACAGGCAUAUGAUGAUGGAACUGCAACCCGACUAAUGUCAACAGUGAAACCUCUGAGGGAGCCAGCACCCUCGGAAGAUGUGAUUGAUAUUAAACCAGAACCAGAUGACCUCAUUGAUGAAGACCUCAAUUUUGUGCAGGAAAAUCCCUUAGCUCAGAAAAAACCUACAGUAACGCUUACAUACGGUUCUUCUCGCCCUUCUAUUGAAAUUUAUCGUCCACCUGCAAGUCGAACUGCAGAUAGUAGUGUUCAUUUAAACAGGUUGCAAUUUCAACAGCAGCAAAACAGUAUUCAUGCUGCCAAGCAACUUGAUAUGCAGAACAGCCGGGUAUAUGAAACAGGACGUUUGUGUGAGCCAGAAGUGCUUAACAGCUUAGAAGAGACGUAUAGUCCCUUCUUCAGAAACAACUCAGAAAAAAUGAGUAUUGAGGAAGAAAACUUUCGAAAGAGAAAGUUGCCUGUGGUAAGUUCAGUUGUUAAAGUUAAAAAAUUCAAUCACGAUGGAGAAGAGGAGGAGGAGGAGGAGGAUUGUGGGUCCCGCACAGGAAGCGUCUCCAGCAGCGUGUCAGUGCCGGCGAAGCCCGAAAGGAGACCCUCACUUCCUCCUUCUAAACAAGCUAACAAGAAUCUGAUUUUAAAGGCUAUAUCUGAAGCUCAAGAAUCUGUAACAAAAACAACGAACUAUUCUACAGUCUCACAGAAACAGACCCUUCCAGUUGCUCCCAGAACUCGAACUUCUCAAGAAGAAUUGCUGGCAGAAAUGGUCCAGGGACAGAGCAGGACCUCUAGAAUAAGUCCCCCACUUAAAGAAGAAGACACAAAAGGAGAUAAUAUAGAAAAAAGUCAAGGAACUCAACAGAGGCAAUUGUUAUCCCGGUUGCAGAUUGACCCAGGAAUGGUAGAAACUCUGGAGAUCAGUCCAGAUUACUAUGACAUGGAAUCCAUGGUCUAUGCAGACACAAGAUCAUUUAUUCUGAAGAAGCCAAAGCUGUCUGAGGAAAUAGUAGUGGCAUCAAACCAAGAGUCGGGGAUGAAGACUGCAGAUACCCUUCGGGUACUUUCAGGACACCUUAUGCAGACACGAGAUCUUGUACAACCAGAUAAACCUGCAAGUCCCAAGUUUAUAGUGACGCUGGAUGGUGUUCCCAGCCCCCCAGGAUACUUGUCAGAUCAAGAGGAGGACAUGUGCUUUGAAGGAAUGAAACCUGUAAACCAAACUGCAGCCUCAAACAAGGGACUCAGAGGUCUCCUCCACCCACAGCAGUUGCAGUUGAUGAGCAGGCAGCUUGAUGACCCAAAUGCUGAGAUGAGUGAACUGAGUGCGGCGCAGAAGCCAGAAAAACUCCUGGAGCGCUGCAAGUACUGGCCCGCCUGCAAGCACGGGGACGAGUGCGCCUACCACCACCCCGUGUCACCCUGCAAAGCUUUCCCCAAUUGUAAAUUUGCUGAAAAGUGUUUGUUUGUCCAUCCAAAUUGUAAAUAUGAUGCAAAAUGUACUAAGCCAGAUUGUCCCUUCACUCAUAUGAGUAGAAGAAUUCCAAUCCUGCCUCCAAAACCAGCAGUUCUACCACCACCACCAUCUUCCAGUAGUCAGCUCUGCCGUUACUUUCCUGCUUGUAAGAAAAUGGAAUGUCCCUUCUAUCAUCCAAAACACUGUAGAUUUAAUACCCAGUGUACAAGACCUGAUUGUACGUUUUACCAUCCCACCAUUACUGUGCCACCACGACAUGCCUUGAAAUGGAUUCGGCCUCAAACCAGUGAAUAACACCCAGUCCUACCUGGCAGAAGAUUGUGAAGUUUGAAAGUUCCCAUCUACUGAUGAAAGAUUCUAUAGAACUUGUCAAAUCUUUGAAACUUGGAAUAUAUUGCUUUCACAAUAUGAAGUUUAUUGCCUAUCUGAAGUAUCUAAUUUUUCACGUUUGUAAGUUCAUUACGUGGUUUUAACAUUGGGUGUUUUGUUGUUGUUUGCCUUGUUUUGACUAUGGAAAGGAACAGUUUAAGGAAAAACUAAAUUCUAUUAAAACACGUGGCGUGUUUGUACAUUGCUGUUUCAAGUAUCAGCAUGGACAGCGUGGUGGUACUGUCAGGACUGAUAAUCCAGUUUGGGGCUAUACAUUGCUCUGUGUGUGGAGAUACAGUCAAAGGAGCAUCCUUAUUCCAAAAGUUAAGACUGCUGCUUUCACUUUUUCCAGGGAUUAUGUAAGUUCAUAAUCCACUAAAAACAGGAGUGGCCUGGAGUGCUGAAGUGGCUUAAAAGAGUCCAUCCAACUUUUUAAUUUCAAGUGAUUUAAAGUUUAAAAAGUAUGAUAAUACAGGCUUCUCAGGUUGCAUGUUGCUUUGGUCAGUGGUUCCCAAGUAGCUUACUUCACCUUCUGGGUAAGGAUGAGUGAGCUGGGCAGGGAGGGUGAAAACAGCUGGAAUGGCAACGGCAAAAAAAACUCCAAACAGUUCCUUAAAAUGUAUUCAUUUACUGUUAACAUAUGCUUUUAAAAUAAAUAUUUUGGGAACUACAUUAUCACAAAAUUAUACAAAAUUUUUUACAAGUAUAUAUACAUAGGUAUCAGAGAACAGACUUUAAACUCACAAGAUUAUAUUCUCCCAUUCUGAAAAACAUUCUUGGAAGUAACUCCACAGAAAAUAGUUACUGAAGAUGAUUUUUUUUAAGUGUAGAAACUAGAUUUCAAUAGUGUAUUUUAAGUGACAGACUGUAAUUACAGAGAGCAGAUGGAUAAAUUGCAAAAUAGGACUAAAACUUUUGGACUACUGAAUUCAGUUCUGUGUUUUUAAUUUUUUUAAGGCAAGAAGUGUCAUAUACUUUAGAAUUAAACAGAUCACUGAUUUUAAAGACUUGACGUACAGUUUUUUAAAAAGUACAACUAAAAGUUGGUUAGAAAAAUGCAGAUUAAUGCAAAAGAGAUAAUAAAGACGCAAGCAUUCUGAGGACCAAAUUAAACCUAACUGUAAAAAAAAAAGUUCUCAGUGACUUCUGCAGUCACAUACCCAAGAGAUAAUAAAACAUGUGUGUGGAAGUGCGUGUUUAAAAGCCUCAAGCAGCGGUCUUUGUGUGGCCAUUGCUUGUUCGUUGGGAGAAGGGUUAACCGGUUAUUAAAUGGUCUGUAAGUUGCACUGGGCUGUGCCAUUGGAGGAAGGACAAAGCGCGCAGGGCUGUCAUGUAGUGGCUGAGGCUCGGGUGGUAAGACAAUCCCAACGCGUCCUCAGACGUGCUCCGUGGAAUGUAGGGCAUAUUCAUUCCAGUGUUAGUUACUUGAGGUGCUUUACAUCUCUGCAGAAGAAAUUUAUUUUAAAAUUGUAUUUCCAGAAAUUUAAAGACCUUUAGUAUCAUUUGUAAAUUGUAUAUCACUUGUAAAUGGUAUAUAGUUGCAUUGUCAUAAUUAUACUAUGAAGACCAUGGUUCAGCUGUUUUACAAGGGAAUAACAUGCUAAAAUUGAACUUUUUUGCUACUUGAUAGACAUUGCCUGGAAAUACAUGUAAUAGUUUUAGUCUUUUUUUUUUCCAGUUGCUAAGGUUGACUCUAAAACAUUUGUUGGAUAACUUGGUCUAAAAUAAACCACUAUCAAAAAGGGUCACAGAGAAGGAAGGGCAUGAGUGUGGCUCGCAGUGAGCAGGGCCGGCACCAGAGUGCAGUGGCUUGCGUGUACCUACAGCAGCAGGACUGGAGGUGCUGGAAGUGUCAGGUUACAGAUUCAGCAGCCUCAGCCCACACACGCUUCUCUGGGUUAAAAGAGAGAAACAGGUUAUUCGCCUUCCCUUAGUGUGUGACAGCUGAAAAAAGCAAGGUGGCCUUGGGAUGGCUCCUUAAUUUCAACAUGACCUUUACUUGUGAAACUGACAACAAUGAUUAAGGCUGGCUUAUCACGUUCACCACUUGGAAGAGCAAAAAUGCAAUGGAAACAACUUUAUCCUGUAUAAUUUCUGUGCUUCAGGUUAGGAGGGCUUCUACCUAUGCUGUAAUGGAAAUGGAAUUUUUCUUUAGCCAAAAGCUAACAAAUUUGACUGUCAGCAGUCUCAAAAAUGGAGGGAAAGGAUGUUUAUGGGGAUUUUUUUCCCUUUCAUUUAUUGACCACCCCUUUAUAAACAGACAUGUGAAAAAAAAUGUAAUAUUAGUGUAUUCUAAAAUUUGGCUUUAUUUAGAAUAUAGUGAUGUGAAUAAUGAAAGAAUAUGAUCUCAUGUUUCAAGCCUCUUAAACACCUUUAAUCAGUCCUCAGACACAGCUAUUCAAAAAUUUAAACUGACCAGGUUCAAUCACUGGUCAGGCUUUCUGUAAUAUAAUUCAGCCAUUUCUGUUUUUAGUAUUUACAAGGCAUUGGACGUAGAAAACUGAGCCGAUUUCCAGAAACUUGAAGGGAUCUAUUAUGCUACAAAGGUAACACAUGAAAUAAAUAUUCACAGGACCAAGAGAGCAUCUUAAACUUAUCCACACUUAGAAAAAUAUAUUUUUAAAUACCAGUCUACAUAAUUUCCAUCUUCAGUAAAGUACAGACAGCCUAAACAGCAAAUUCCUGAAUGGCAAAUACUGAUCUUUGGCAGCAUUUAAAGUGAAUAGGAAUAAAAACUUAAGAGUUCAGCCUUCAUCCACCAAAAAAGAAUCAGACAAAUUUUACAAGUGAACUUGUAUUCAUUCCUUUUGGAAGUUGGCCUGUGGGGUG